GCCCGUGAUUGACGAGUAAAAUUGGCGAUCGCGAUGACAAGCGAUAAUCCAGGAUACGUGUAUGCAUACGGUUGGAAUCGUUUCAAUAUGGGUAUUAUUGGUGCAUGGCCAGAAAAUAAUCAAAACUUUAUAUUAAAAAAUCGUUCCCUGAUAUUCGCGGCUGCGGUUUUUUCAUUUAUUUGGUUGCCGCUGACCGCUAGUGUGGCGUUUCUUCGCGAUGAUCUCAAGCAGUUGAUCGAUUGUCUCGUUAUCAUUGUACCCGUUGGAAUGGCUAUUUCCAAACUUGUCCUUUUUCGUGUGCGAAGACCGGUUCUCGAAGUAAUCCUAUCUGCAAUGGCUGAGGAUUGGUCCGUCGAGAGAACGAGCGAGGAAAGAAGUGCCAUGUUCGAAAAAGCCAAAUACGGCAGAUUCAUUUCCAUCAUGUCGGUUUCGUUGGCAGUUUCGAUGCUAGUUACUUUAUCGAGUUUCGGGAUUUGGUCAGCUUCGUAUCAGCGACAAUUCAUCACAAACGAAACUAAAUUGGCAAUUGGUUUGCUCUAUCCCGCUUAUUUCCCUUACGAUACCAAAGAAUUGCGUGGAUAUUUGCCAACGUGGUUUGGCCAAUUUUUUGCAUCGAUAGUCUCGUUAAUCGGUUACUCGGGACCGGAUAGUUCGAUGGCAAUGAUGAUAUUGCAUCUUUGCGGACAAUUGGCUACAGUGAGACUGGCCCUUACGAAAAUUGUGGAUGAAGAAUGCAUCAAAGAUUCAAGCAUCUACUGGAAACGACUGUCCACGAUUAUCAGGAGACACGAGGAGCUCAAUCGAUGUGGUGAGUUGCUCGAGAGAUCUUUCAACGGGAUGCUUUUAGUUCAAACGGUACUCUGCACUCUUAUUUUUUGCUUUCAAGGCUUCGUAACAUUUACGACGUUGCUCGAAGGGCUGACCGGUGACGAGAAUUUUCCGUUUCUCGAGAUGGCAUUCAUCAUUAUCCACGGUUUCUACACAAUCAUCCACCUUUUUGUGUAUUGUUGGACCGGAGAUCUUCUUGUUUUUGAAAGCACUGCUCUGAGCCGCGCUCCUUACGAAAGCGAUUGGUUUCGUCUCCCGCCCGCUCAGGCAAGGGCCCUUAUGAUGGUAACCAAUAGAUCUCGAAUUCCUCUUCAAAUAACUGCCGGUAAAUUCGUUGGGUUUUCACUCGAAUUAUUCACAAGUAUCAUGAAAACAUCGAUGAGCUACCUCUCUGUACUCUUGGCUAUGAUGAAUAGUUGAACCUUCUUACGAUGCUCUUUGGUCUCUUUGAAGCGGGGGUUUCAUGAGUCACAUAAUUCAGAAAUACAAAAAGAGUUUGGUGGUCAUCGAAAAAAAUGCAUGCACGCGUCAUAGAAAGAUAAAUUUGCAAAUUGUAGUUCAUA